GCCCCGCGCGGGGCACGCCGGGAAGAUGGAGAGCUUCUCGGCGCUGUUCGGAGGGGCUGAGCCGCCGCCUCCAGCCGCCGCCGCCGCCCUGGGGUUCGGCCCCGCCAAAGCGCCGGGUCCCGGGGCCGCGCCGCCGCCCCCCGCCCCCGCCGCGCCGCCCACGGGCGAGGACGCGGCCCGCAAGGCCGGCGCCGGCCCCUUUUACCUCCUGCGGGAGCUGCCGGGCACAACGGAGCUGACAGGCAGCACGAACCUGAUCACACACUACAACCUGGAGCACGCCUAUAACAAGUUCUGCGGGAAGAAGGUGAAGGAGAAGCUCAGCAACUUCCUCCCCGACCUGCCCGGUAUGAUCGACCUGCCCGGCUCCCACGACAACAGCUCCCUACGCUCCCUCAUCGAGAAGCCCCCCAUCUGCGGCAGCUCCUUCACGCCCCUCACCGGCACCAUGCUGACCGGAUUCCGCCUCCACGCCGGCCCGCUGCCAGAGCAGUGCCGGCUGAUGCACAUCCAGCCACCCAAGAAGAAGAACAAGCACAAGCACAAGCAGAGCCGGACACAGGACCCCGUCCCCCCAGAAACCCCCUCGGACUCUGACCAUAAGAAGAAAAAGAAGAAAAAAGAGGAGGAUCCAGAGCGGAAGAGGAAAAAGAAAGAGAAGAAGAAAAAGAAGAACCGGCACAGCCCGGAGCACCCAGGGGUAGGCGGUUCCCAGGCCAGCAGCAGCAGCAGCCUGCGGUGAGGCUGUGCCAGCACCAUCCCAGGAUCCCCCCACCAACGGACACAGCCCCAACUGACCCUGGGGUCCCCGUCCCUCCGUCAGUGCCAAGCGUGGGGAUGCCUCUGCAGCCACACCAAGAGCCAAGGACGUGGACUCCAAGCUGCCACCCUUGGCCUUUGAGACUUGCACCGCCCGGAGCAGCGGGGCCACUCUUUUUUAGUCACCUUUUAAUUAAAGUCUCAGACCACAGAGGCGCUGGGAUCUGUGGCUGCUCUAGCACCGCAGUCCUCGACUCCCUGAAC